AGCAGUCACAAUGAAGCGUUUGAACUUGUUCGUUGUAAUAGCUCUGUUCAGUAUUGGCUUUAGUGCCAGCCGUGUUCCCAGUCCAGUGCACAGUAAUCUUUGCAAGCGAACCGGUGGAUCAAUAACUUGCUAUCAAGACAACACUUGGGGUUUCGAUGAGAGGAAGCGAAAAUGUUAUCGUGUUCGAAAGGCCCAAGCACCUUGCGGGUUUUUCGAUGGCGAGAAGGGUUGCCAGGACUUUUGCCUGCAUCCUAGCGGAGGAUAAAAUGUAUAUUAAAUGUAUAGCGGGGAAAAAGUGAUUUGUUUUUUCCCAAUUUUUAUUGUAAGUGUUAAUGUGCUUCAAUUAAAAUAUCGAAUUAAGAGAUCAA